UUUAAGACAAAUAACAAAUCAGUGCAAGUCAGGUCGAUGGUGGACAUUUGAAUGGUAGUGUUUACUCUCUUGAGCCUAAUGUUUAUCAUCAAACUCCAUCUGUUUGUUCUGUCUGCCACUUUCGGGGAAAUCAAUGCUGAAUUCAGAUGGAUUGGCUCUUGAUUUUUUUGAACUUUGGAGUGUGAGUUUUCCAUUGCUAUAAAUGUCUUGACUGGACAUCUGCACACUGACUGACCACAGUCAUGGCUGACCGUAAACUCUGUCUGCUGCUGUUUUUCAGCUUCAUCGUCUUGUCCAUGGGCAGAAGAUAUAAACCCUUCAGCAAGCAUGAGUAUUUCUACGAGACCGAGUCCCUUAACUCUCUGAACGAGCAGGUCAACGGCCCCAAGGCCAGCUGCAGGGUGGAGAUUUCGGUUGCUGAUACAUACAGAUAUAUUUUGCGCACCACUGACUGUAAGCUGAGUGAAGUGACUGCUGUGGAUGAGGAUGGAAACCCUGUGUUUGGAAAAGCUGUGGCUGCUGAAGACUUCAGAACAGCCAUGGAGAAAAAUACUCUGAAAUUCACCGUUACGAAAGGCGAAAUCAGGCUUUUCCCUGAGGAGGGAGAGCGAACAAACAUCCUCAACGUUAAGAGGGGGAUCAUCUCUGCUCUCGCUGUGCCUUUGCUGGAGGAGGACAGGAAAAAAAACACGCCCAGCAUCUAUGGUCUGUGUAUGACUGAAUACACUAAGGACACCGCCACUGAAGUCACGCUCAAAAGAGACCUGUCCAGAUGUGACAAGUUCAGACCUAUCGAGGACCACACCAGUCCUUUGGCCCUCAUAACAGGCUUGAGCCAUCCUCUCGCUCAGCUAAUCAGGAGCAACCAGACCUGCAACUACAAGUUUGACAAAGAGCAGGACCACAUGACCUCUGCCAUUUGUACCGAAAAGCAUGUUCUUGUGCCCUUUUCGAACAAAGGAGAACAUGGAGUGACCAAUACUGGCAAACAGGUUUUGACCCUAUUGGGAGUUACUGAAAACAAUGACAGAGUCUUUGACCACAAUAUAGCCAACGUGAAACCCCUCCAUCUAGACCGCAGUGUUGACAUGAGCCCCAUCCAGGAUAAAGAAGCCGCUCUCACUGUUCUGAGGGAACUUGCUGACCUUUACAAGACCAACAGUGGACGCAAGAGAGCCCACUUGGCUUACAAGCUUGUAGCCGUAAUACGCAAGAUGGAAGCUGAAACCCUGAGAGCCGCUCUUCCAGAGGCGCUAGAGAUCUCUCGGUCUUUAACAUACCAGGCCUUGCUACAAUGCGGCACCCCAAAAUGCAGCAGUGCUAUCAUGCAGAUUAUCAGAACCUUUGACAAGUCUUCAUUUGAAAUGGAUGCUGCUGUAUACGCCAUAGGAAUUACACCACAGGCUUCCCAAGUCCUUGUGAAGGAAAUGUUGGUGACGGCAAAGAUCAAGCCAAGCAGACCUAUCUACUAUGCUCUCAGCAAUGCUGUGAGAAGGCUGUAUGAAACAGACGGAGUCACAAGUGAGAUCCAGGCAGUGGCUGAUUAUGCUCUUGAACAGAUUGGUGAUUGCACAGGUGACCAGGAACAUGUUUUUCUUUCCCUGAGGGUCAUUGGUAACAUGGUGGCUGCACUGGGAGCUGCACGCCCUGCUUUGCAUUCUGCUGUUAUUAAGUGCAUCAACCAGCCAGGAACCUCCCCUGCAGUCCAACAGGCUGCCAUACAGGUCUACAGACAGUUCCCUGUACCUGAGGAGGAAAGAGAAGUGCUCAUGCAUGCUGUUCUGGACAGAGCCGCAUCCGUACAGAAGCGUGUCGCUGCUUACCUCAUCUUGAUGAAGAACCCUACGCCUGCUGAACUUGCUCAGUUGGCAGCAGCUCUCGAAAUUGAGGAAAAUCAUGAGGCCAAGAGCUUUAUUAUCUCUCAUAUCAGCAGCAUCAUGGCCUCUACAGCGCCAGAGACCCUGAACUUGAGGCAGAAUAUUCAAAAUGCCUUUCAGGGCAAUGAUAUUGAAAUGGUAAUGGAAUCCACUCAGUUUUCUAGACACUAUAGACUUGGAUCUUUGGAAGGAAAUUUCAUCUUUGAAUCACCCAACAAUCUGCCAAGGGAAGUCAUGCUGGAGAUGAGCUUGAAUGCUUUCGGACUUGAUAUGGACUUGAUUGAGAUUGGCAUGGAGGGUAAGGGCUUUGAGCCCAUUGUAGAGGCUCUCUUUGGUGAAGAUGGUUUCUUCCCAGACGUUGUCAUGAAGAGCAUUUUAUAUGCUACUGACAAGAUGCCUGCUGAACUAAAUGAGGUCUGGGACAACAUGCUGCCAAUUAUGAACAAUUAUAGGAAGAAGAGACAGGCGACUCAGAACAUAGUCAAAGAAAUCAGUGACAAUGUCAACAAGCUUUUUGAGGACUUAAAGGCCCAAGAUGCCCCUGAAGCUAUGGUAUACCUCAAGCUAUUGGGUGCUGAACUUGGGUAUCUUGAUGCAAAAGAUGGCAAGAUGAUUGGCAGUCUUCUUAAGAUGAUCCCCACUGACUUCACCAAAAGACUGUUCUCAAGUGUCGACAAUGAGCUUUUCCUUCACUACAUCUUUAUGGAUAAUGAGUUCUAUCUGCCCACUGGUGCUGGAUUUCCACUGAGAGUUGCUCUGUCUGGUACCUUUACUCCUGGAAUCAAAGGAGGAUUGAGCUUUAAUCCAGGCAUGGGGGACUUUGCGUUCAUGCUGUCUGCUGGGGUUGAGUUGGUGACUGAGAUUGGCACUCAUUUACCUGACUAUGUUCACUCUGGACUGGAGAUGCACACUAACAUCUAUCUUGAGAGCGGCCUCAGAGCCAAAAUCUCUGGGACCCAAAAAUGGCUCAAACUCUCCAUUCCAGCUCCUCGUGAGCCAACUGAGAUCAUCAGUGUGACCAAUUCCUUUGUGUCUGUUGUUGGUGGGAAGAUUCUGCCUAUUUCUGCAAAUGUCCAGUAUACUAUGGAAGACUGCACUGCUGUUUUUCCUGGACUGAAGAGGUGCACAACACUAGAGUAUCCUGAUGCAGCAUUAAAUGAUAAUGCUCCUUAUUUUCCUCUCACUGGUGACAGCAGAUUUGUUGUUGAGAUCCGUCCAUCUGGAACAGCCACAGAGUAUACAGCCACCAUCGGCUACACAUAUGAGGAUCCAGAAGAUAAACUCACUUUUAGUGUAAAGGCUGAAGGAACACCCUAUGAGGCCAUAAAUACAGUCAUGAUAAACAGAAAGCUGAACACUGCCUCAAUGCAGCUGCUUAUUGACGCUCUUCAGCUUGAUCAUACAGUUUCUGCAAAAUGUACAAAUGCUGAAAAGUGGAAAUUAGAACUUGAGAGUGACUUAAAACUCCCCGGGACGACUUCUGUUCAAACACUCAUCCUAACAUAUGAUGAUUCUUCAGUCACAGAGAGUGAGAAGAUUGAGGCUGAAGUUAAAUCUCAUGUUAAUUCUGAGAUUCGGACCCUCAUUCCCAUCAUCAGUGCUAUUGAUACCAUUAUAAAUAGACUUCUUGACCGCCAGAUGGGCCAAAAUAAGAUGAAGGUCCGUGAAAUCAUGUCAAAAUUAGCUGCGUUUUCAGGAGUUCCUGCCACACUUGAUAUCACUCUUCCUGAAAAACUCUUCCUAAAUGUAGAAGCUGCUGUUAAAUAUCACUUUGGCCAGUCAUACUAUACCAUCACUCUUCCUUUGCCGCUCGGUGGAAAAUCCAUGAGAGAUCUGAAAUUUCCCACAACCCUCAGCACAGAUCUGUUCAUAGCGGAUCCUGACCUAGAGUACAUGCUGCUUCCAGAGGUCUCCUUUCCUGAGAGUGUGACGCUGUCUCUGCAUCCUUUUCAACUGGCAGAAGUAUCUGGAAAACUACGCAGCAACUUCUAUGAUCUAGACACAGCUGUGUCUGCUAAUAGAGAUCCUGCUGCACACUCCAGUUAUUCUGCUAAGGUCAAAGUCACUGGAACAAGUCCUGUUGAGCAUCUCUGCCUACAGGUUGAAGGAUCUGCUCUAGCUGAGGCCACAUCUGGCGAUUCUCUAAAAGCUAGCAUGAAAACAGUGAUUCAACACAAGAUUUUCAAUGCCACCAUCAGUGUUGAAGAAGAAGUGCAAUCUGCAGAAAAACUCAGUGUGAAAUCCAAAAGCAAGCUUGAGGUUACUAGUCUUGUUGCAGAGCAAUUUUCCGUGGAGCAUAAUGCAAUAAUUGAAGGUGAUGCGGGGCAAGUUUCUGUAGAUGGAAACCUGGAAGGAUCUUUCCAGGCUGGUUCAAUCUAUGGAUCAGGACAUCUUAAACAAUCAGUUUUGCUCAUCCCCUCCAAACAAGAAGCAAAGAUGGAUUCUUUACUGAAAGUAGAUUCAACACUUCUUCAGGCUCAAAACUCCUUUUCUGUAGUCUUUGCUAAUCGAGAAUUGAUCAUUUUGUCCACCACCUCAGCAUUUGAUGACAUUCUAACAAACACUGCUAAAGUUGCCAUCAAUGAAUCACAGAUUAGUUUAAGUCAUUAUACAAAAGCCCAAGCAUUUGGACUGAAGAUUGAAAACACAGCUGAGACGAGAACUGAUGCUGAAGCAGUCAGUGUUAAGAUCGUGACCUCUGGUGAUUUAUCUCAAGAACGUAUUUACUCGAUAGUCACUGGAGAACUGGACAUCAACGGACUGGCUAUUAAAAGUAAUGCCUCGGCUAAACUAAUGGGACACAGAGCUGCACACAAUGCCAUCCUGAACUACAAUAAAGAUGGCUUGACAUCCAGUGGCACAACCACACUGCAGAGUAUUUUAAGUCUGGAGAAGGUUAAACACACCUUUGAGAUCAUCUACAAAAAACUAACUGCAAAUAUUCAAUGCAAAACCAAUGGAAAGUUCAUGGGAGCAAGCAUUGACCACAACACUGAAAUGAAGAUUGAUGGACUUUUAGGCAGAAUCGAGAAUAUUUUACGUUUGAACUCCAGGAUCUUAAAUGUUGAAACAAACACUCGUGGUACAACGGUCCCAUUUACUUUUAAUUUUAACUUUACUGCUAAUGGUCGUGAAAAUGUAUACAAUCAUGGACAUUAUGAAGGUGAUUUUGACACAAAAAUGCAUCUAAAAAUAGAUCCACAAUCCAUUGCUCAUUCUCAUGAAUGCAAGAUCUCAACCAUCGUUGAAACGUAUGGUUUCUAUGGUGUAGACAUUGAAUCAGAAUUUGAGAGCAAAUCUGAACUUCUCCUAAACCCGUCUGAACAAAAAGCUAAAAUGGCAGUAAAGACUAAAGUAAACAAACAUGCAAUCAAUCAAGAAAUCAAUGCAUAUAAUACUCCAGCUCAGUUUGGGCUGGAAGGAUCUGGAAAAGUGUUCACCAAUCUGUUAAACACUGUUAAUAAUAAUCGUCAGAACUUUGCGGUCUCUGCCUUCCUAAAGUAUGAUAAAAACAAUGAAAUGCAUUCAAUUCACCUGCCUUUCAUUGACAGUUUGCGUCUAGUUCCUUCCAGCAUAAUAAUAACAGCAUAUUCAAGCAUAGAGGAAAGUUUACCUUACCUAGCUUACCUAAGCUCACCUAAGCAUGUUAGUAACUUUGUGUCUAAUAUGAAUUUUGGAAGAAGAGCUGAACAAUUCAAACGUGCUUUAAUAGCUCUAUAUCAAGAAUAUCCAUUAAAAUUGGGUGUAUAUGAGAAGCAAUUGAGUGAUAUGAUCCGUCAAAUCAUUGAAGCAUUGGAUAAUUUCAAACAAUUCACUGUCAAUGGUGAAAAUGUUGACCAAAUGCUAACCAAACACAUUAACGCUUUGGUAUUUUUAAUCAUUGAGGAUGUCAAAUUAUUUCUUAGCUUACUCAAACCCCUGGGUUACACGAAGCUUCAGAUUCCUGCAAGUACUAAAUCUUAUCAACUACCAUGUUUUGAAAAAAUGUAUGGCGAGAUCAGAUUCACCAUCCCAGUUUACAGCCUAAGCACAUCUGCACAGUUCAAGAAUGUUUCAGCAACACAUCCUAAAUUCACAGGUAUUAUCAAAUCUAAAGGAAUCUCUGCAAAUCUUGAGGUUUUGAAUUAUAAUACAGAAUACACCAUGCAGAUCUCCAUCCCUGAGAUUACUCCUGUAUCAGUGUCUGAAACUCUUAAGAUAACACACACUUAUUUGACUUUAGACCAAAGUGCAUCUUUGACUCUGAAUGCGUCUAUCACUAAAGGUCCUGAUUUUUCAUCCCUUUCGCUUGACACAUCUUAUAAGAACCAGGUUAAUAUCCCUUUGCACUCUUUGUCAAGCGAAGUUGCCCUUGUUUCGAAGGCUGUAGCAGUGUAUCAGAAUAAUGCUGCAGUGAUUUUGAAAGUUCGAAAUACAGGAAUUGGAAAAUUUACUCUUGAAGACUUCUCUGAUGAAGGCACCCAUGACAGUGAUCUGCAUUUUACCAUGGGUCUUAGCACUGCCAAGCUGAGUUUUAAAGGCCACACUGAUAGCUCUGCUUUGCAGAUGGAGAUGAAUGUUGAUGUUGAUGCUGAUGCUGUGGCUUUGAGCUACUUUAAAUUCAAUGUCUUUGCUGAAACAAAGUCACCAUUUAUCAAGAAGAACUUGCUGGUUGCUUCUGGCAAUGCAUCCAUCAAUGACAUGGAUGUAAAAAUCAAUGCAAACCAUGAGACAGAGUUUGAUGGAGUGGUCAGUGUAGUUCUGUCUAAUACUGCUAGCGUAAUCAUUUGUCCUUUUGAGAUCGCAAUUGAAUUUCAGAACAAGGGAAAUGCCAAGACUGACCUUUAUGAUUUUAUUAUAACCGGUGUUGAUCUCCAGAAUGACUACACUGUUAUUGUCAACUCUGAUCUACAGGAAGUCAGCACUAUUGCAGUCGCCCAGAUAAAUCAUUAUAAGUACAGCCAUAACUUAACAGCCAACAAUAAUAAUGCUGAAAUUGGUGUUUAUGCGGUUGUGAAUAGUUUUGGCAUCCUAAAUAAUGCAGUGCAGUUUGUACCAUUUGUUUUUAAAACUGCAGUAGUUGAAUAUUUGAACAAUGAAACUGGCAUAUGGCAGGCCUUUACAACAAAUAACCAAGCCACUGAUCUAAACGCCAAAUUUGUCUACCAGAAGACUACCAAUGUUUUAGGUGAUUUUGAUGGUUUGGCUGUUGUUGUUCCUUCAUUGGGCAACUUAGUCUCUGAAGUGUCUUUCAUAUCCUCCAUUCUCAACCUCAAUGCUAACGCUGGUGUCUACCCCAAUGAUUACUUAAUGCGCAUUAGUGGCACGACUACAUCUGCAUUUCAGGAAUUGAAAGCCAAACUAUAUGGAGCCACUAGCAUUACCGCAGAAAGUGGACUAAAACUAGCCUCGAUUUUAUUUUUGGACAAUUCCCAGAUUGGGGGUACACAUAACAGCUCUGUGACUCUGGAGGACAACUAUGAGGUGGUUCUGAUUGCAGACACAAUUGCGAAGAUUAAUCUGACAAUAUUCUCAAUCGAAGCCAAUCAUCAGCUUUCUGCUGACACGAAAACUCACCUGAAGGCUUUGUCAAACUUGAAGAUCAAGUACAGCUUUGAUAAUCCAGACUCACAUGGACGUGGAGAGGCUGAGAACACCUUAAAGAUGAAUGCAUAUUUAUCUUUCAUCACUGUAGAGUCUACAUCCCAAGUAACCACCAAUUCUACAUUGCCUGAUGGUGGCGCUCUUGAGGGAACUCUGGAUAGUGAUGCAAACAUCAGUGUGAAUGUGGAGGGUCUGAAAUCUAAUCUGAAAGCCAGUGCAAAUGGAUACUAUGAUUAUAGAAACACCAAGCUGAGCUUCGAUAUGAAUGACCAAGUGAUUUUAGAGGGAAAUUUGAACCGUAUUCAUUAUUUGCUGGACAUUGAUUCAAACUACACACACAAAGAUAGAAGAGAAGGAGUUGCAGUAAAACACACUGCUCUUGGUAAAACUACAAUUAUUCCCCUGAGCACCUUAAUGGCAGCUGUCGACUUCUUCUUGACUCAGCCAGGUUAUGAUGAUUUUGAACGUAGAGGUAAAGGAUUUAGCUAUGAAAAUAAAACAUCUAUAUAUGAUGGCCAGAUUUUCUCGCAUUGGUUCAAUUCAAGUACAGCGUUAUCAGCCGAGUACAUUGAUGAUUUACCAGACAGAAAGUUUGUGCUCGAGUGUUCUUUCAAUUUCACAGCUCCAUCAGUGCUUGUGGAGUAUGAGAGUGAAGUAAGAGCAAUUCCCAUUAAAAUAAUCGACGGUAAAUAUUGAUAUUUUAAGUAUUUCAUCAAUGAUUUCAGCUAAUCGUUGAACUUUAAUGUGUGCUCACUCAGCUCACAGAUCCACUUCAAAAGUCACUGUUAAAUUGAUGUUAAAAUGUAUGUAGCUUUUCUGUUGUGCAUGAAAUUAUUAUUUAAAUUCCUGAAAAAUUUCUUGUCAAAUUCAAACACUAAUGAAAAUAAAUGGAUAUACUCUGCAUAUAAA